AUGCAACAAGGAUCUUUUAUUCUGCCAAACGAUCGUCAUGACAAUGAUGAUGAUCCGAUGCAACAAUCACAAAUAUCAUCAGCUCCUCCCAUUAGUGAUUGGAGCAGUGGACAACAUGAUUUGAAUAUGGAUCAAUCCAGUCUGAGGUUGGGCUUGAGUAUGACGUUAUCGGAAUCUUUGAAUACAGUGCCUAUACGACAAACGCCGAUCCAUGUAGCGACACCAUCAUCUAAUAGUGUUAAAUAUAACAUCAUUCAUGCGAGUGUAGAAACUCAGAAUGACAUUUCAGAAAUUCGUAGUAAAGUUGACAAGGAGCGUGUUUUUGUUGGCCGAGUUGAUGUGAGUGGAAGUCAUGGGCAAAACGCCACUAACGGUCGAGCUGGAAGAGCUGGUCGUCACGGACGCAAUGGUCAAUCGAAAGAUAGGUCAACUGUUGGAGAACGAGGAGAAAAUGGAGAGAAUGGAAGUGCUGGAGAAGAUGCCUUUAAUGCUCAAAACGGUUUUUCAGCAGACAAUUUAAAUAUUCUUAUGGACCGAUCUUCACAUCCAAAAGAGCUGGUCAUUAAAUAUUCCAGAGAUUCUCACCGAGGUGCUUAUUCGCAAUCUAAUAGAUAUGGAUAUAAUAGCUCUGUUAUUGACGAAUAUCAAUUUACAUCAUGCUCACGAUUUCCACUACAUUCGAAUAAUGAAUAUGUUUUAUUUAAAGCAUGUGGUGGCAAUGGUGGUAACGGAGGAAAUGGAGGUCAUGGUGGUCCUGGUGGCAACGGAGGUAAUGGUGGCAAUGGAAUUCAAGAAGGUGGCAAUGGUGGUGACGGUGGUCAUGGAGGUGAUGGAGGAAGACCUUCGUACGGUGGCAAUGGAGGCAAUGGUGGAAUUAUUUUCGUGAAUACCUAUGAUCCAAGAUUAUUGGUGCUUGUAAAAACAGAAACACAGGGAGGUAGAGCUGGAUACAAUGGAGUCCCAGGAGAACCUGGUGAGGGUGGUAAGGGUGGAAAAGGAGGUCAUGGAAAUGUAAAGAGUGGAGCACAAGGACGAGCUGGAAACCCAGGCUCAAAAGCAACUCAAAAUGUUUCUUUUGAUCCUCAAUUUGGAAAUGACGGAUUCACAAUUUAUAGAGUUUUAGAUUUUCGUACAAAUCAAAUCAUGUAUGAGGGUCAAAAAUGUUAUUCGGCAAGACUUCUCUCUUUCGACGUUGUGGCUGUAGAUGAUGAUGGAAUUUAUGAACCUGGUGAGGAGAUUUUCUUGACUGCAUUUAAGGUACACAAUGAUGGUGACAUACCUCUGCCGGCAGGGGCGAUUUUGCACAUUUCACCUGAUUCCAAUGGUUUUAUUUUGAGUGAUGAUCAAUAUAUUCUACCAGAGAUUGGACCCAAACAAACCGUUACACUCACUCAUGCCAAGCUUUCUGCAAAGAUUGCUCCAGACUUGGCGCUGAAAACCCAUGAACUGUCCAAGGUAAUAUCGGUUAAGGCUCAAAUCGAUCUCUUUGAUCGUGUAUUUACAGAUUCCAUUCUUGGUUGCAAUAUCAACGUUCAAUAUCCUUUAUCCAUUACUGACAUUUCUUAUUUGAAACAAAUGGGAAGAGGUGACUCUUCUGACUUGGUUCUUUCGAUAUCCAACCUGAGCAAAAAUUUCUAUCCUUUUGUGUAUAGAGUUACAACAAAGGAUCAGUUAUUCUUCGUGGAAACAGAAUUAAGGCAUAUCAUAAAUCAAGGAAAUGUUAAUGCCGAAGGAUUCACUUUUCACACUCAUCCAAUCAUUGUCGGAUAUUGUACCGAAUUUUAUCAAAAUCAAGCAUUUGAAGUUGAAUUGAUCUACAAGGAUAAGGUUAUUCAGAAAAUUGAAAAAUAUGUACAAGCAGUUCCUCAUUUUAAUCCUUCCAUGAUUGAUACCACGGAUUUAUUAUUAAUCACAAACAACAAUUUUAGAAGAGAGGAUUUCAAAGCUUUUUCAGAUAUUUUCCAAUUGCUUAAUUUAAGAGCUAAUUACUGGGACUAUGAUUUUUAUAAGGGAAUUUCGUUCCAAGAAGACGUUGGACAACGACAUGUUGUCUCUUGUGUUGACAAGUACAGAGGAAAACCCAUCAUAUUUUGUGCAAAGGAUAAGAAUGACAUUAGAAAAUUUUAUGCCAUGGAUAUUGCACAUCAUUUUGGUGUUUAUGGACCCAUCUUGGAGAACUUGUAUGAACACAAGAGUAGCGUAUUAUUUCUGGCGCCAUCACUUCCAAGUAAGGAUGAUAUGAAGAAUUACUUUAGCGAUCCUAGUGUUGCCACAAAAGUAGCAUUUGAUGAAAGUACAUUUUCAGGAUAUUACAAACUACUCUAUCCUAAAGCUACAGAUGCUGACAACAGAUGUGUAGAGCUUGAGAAUGAAAAGGAAAAAGAUAGUAUUCAUCGAUUUAAAUUCAAAAUAGAUUUACUUGAUAUCAAACAAGUGAAGAGUGACUCGUGGGUAUCUUGGAAAUACUCUUAUGGCAAGUGUAGUUGUUAUCAAUUACCCUUGAACAUACUUCAUUCAUUUAUAGGGUUGUCAUUUGACCGCAAAUCAGAUUACUUGGAUUUUGGGCAAGUUGCUGAUCCAGUGACAGGAGAGCGUUUGGAAAAUCCCAAGCUCAUUGAUAUACUUCGAAAUAAGAACUCUUCUAUAGACUUUAAACUUCUCUUUGCUGUUAUUUACAGUCUGAAUUUACAAUCCAAAUUUAGAGUAAUCAAGGAGCUUGGAAAAACAGAGACAGAACAACUAAUUGCCGAAUUAAUUCGGUGGGUUAUUUUUGAAAGUGUGAAACGAGAAUUACGACAAUCAGACACAUUCCCCACUUUGGAAGGCAUUGCGAACGUACUACAAGAAGACUCAUCCUUAAUUUGUGAAGCCACCGUUUAUUCAGUGAUGAAUCUUUUGAAUCGAGCCACUGGAUUUACCUAUUGGAGAAGUUGGUUGCCAUUCGCAACUUUGUCCUACGGUUUCAAGACAAAACGAACCAAAAUUCAAAAUCUUUAUGAUGCUGUUGAUGGUGAAAUACGAAGAUGGGCUCUUGAAUGUAUUCAACGAAAAGAAAUUGAGUACUUUGAUGUCGAUACAACGAUACUCAAUGCUCAAAGAGAUGUUCAAACUUCAUCCUCUCAUGCUACCUUCCCUAAACUUCGUGACAUUCCAAUCACUUACUUGCUGGAGUGA